GCGGCGCGGCGGUGACGUCAGGGCCGGACGGUGGCCGCGAGGCAGUGAGGGCCGGACAGCCCAGUGCAUGGAGCUGCGCGCUCGGCACUCCCUCUGCCGCCUUCAGCCCCAAGGACGCGCACGGAGCCCGGGCUGUGGGCGCUGAUCGGUGCGCGGAGCCGGCGAACUGGAGUGAUCGUCGGCCUCCUGAGGAGACAGCCUGAGGGAAGGGAGUUACAGGAGUACUAGACCCCCGGCAGGCCUCCAGGUGCCCACACCCCACCGAGACACUGAGAGGCGAGGACCUGCUGACCGAGCAGGCGACUUCACGCCACAGGCCGACGGCGGUGAGCGAUGGCACCCAAUGAGGAAGGAGGCGAGGAGGCCCUGCUCCCCGACCUCCCCAGGGGCCCCCUGGAUGCCUACCGCGCCCGCGCCUCCUUCAGCUGGAAGGAGCUGGCGCUGUUCUGGGAAGGCGAGGACAUGCUGCGGCUGAAGAAGUCCAUCUUCUCGGCCCUGGAGAGCGACCCCGUGUUCGCGCGGCCAGACCGGGGCCUCCCGGUGGAGCGGCUGCGGGAGCUGACCUUCCUGCGCUGCCGCCGCCUCCUGCAGCUGGACGUGCUGCGCGCGGACGCGCUGCUGCGGAACCCCCUGCAGCUGCUGGCGCUGAUCACCGGCCUGGGCAUGUACGACUGGUCCCUGGCCGCCAAGGCCUUCCUGCACGCCUUCGUGUUUGGAUCAGCGAUUUUCAACUCCGGUUCUGAGAGGCAUCUCAAAUACAUUCCGAAGAUCUUCAACAUGGAGAUCUUCGGGUGCUUUGCGCUGACCGAGCUCAGCCACGGCAGCAACACCAAGGCCGUGCGGACCACCGCCCACUAUGACCCGGCCACCGAGGAGUUCGUGCUCCACUCCCCCGAUUUCGAAGCCGCCAAGUUCUGGAUCGGCAACAUGGGCAAGACGGCGACGCACGCCGUGGUGUUCGCUCAGCUGUGUGUGCCGGGCGGCCAGUGCCACGGCCUGCACCCCUUCCUCGUGCAGAUUCGGGACCCGAAGACCCUCCUCCCCAUGCCCGGCGUGAUGGUGGGCGACAUAGGGGAGAAGCUCGGGCAGAACGGCCUGGACAAUGGCUUCGCCAUGUUCCACAAGGUCCGGAUCCCGCGCCAGGACCUCCUCAACCGCACCGGAGACGUCACCCCCGAGGGCACCUACGUCACCCGCUUCCAGGACAGCCGGCAGCGCUUCGGCGCCUCGCUGGGCGGGCUGUCGGCCGGCCGCGUCUGCAUCGUGGGCAUGGCCGUGGCCAACCUGAAGCUGGCGGUGUGCAUCGCCCUGCGGUUCUCGGCCACACGGCGCCAGUUCGGGCCGGCGGACGGGGAGGAGGUCCCGGUGCUCGAGUACCAGCUGCAGCAGUGGCGCCUGCUCCCAUACCUGGCGGCCGCCUACGCCUUGGACCACUUCUCCAAGUCGCUCUUCGUGGACCUGGUGGCGCUCCAGCGGGGCCUCUAUCAGGACAACCAGAGCGCCAGGCAGGCCGAGCUGGGACGGGAGGUCCACGCCCUGGCGUCGGCCGGCAAGCCCCUGGCCUCGUGGACGGCCCAGCGGGGGAUCCAGGAGUGCCGCGAGGCGUGCGGGGGACACGGCUACCUGGCCGUGAACCGCCUGGGCGACCUCAGGAACGACAACGACCCCAACUGCACGUACGAGGGCGACAACAACGUGCUGCUGCAGCAGACCAGCAACUUCCUGCUCGCGCUGCUGGACCGUGAGGGGGAGCCAGGUGGCGCCCGCUUCGAGAGCCCGCUGAAGAGCGUGGACUUCCUGGCAGCCUACCCUGCCCUGCUCAGCCGGCGGUUCGCGGCGGCCAGCCUGCAGGACUGCCUGGACUCCGCGGUCCCCCUGGCGGCGUACGAGUGGCUGGUCUGCUACCUGCUCCGAGAGAGCCAUCAGAAGCUGGCUCGGGAGAAGCGAGCCGGGGGCAGUGACUUUGACGCGAGAAACAACUCCCAGGCUUACUGCUGCCGCCCGCUGGCGCUGGCCUUCCUGGAGCUCACGGUGCUGCGCCGGUUCCACCAGCACACGCGCCAGCCCGGCGUGCCGCCCCCGCUGCGGGCCGUGCUCCGGCGGCUCAGCGCGCUCUACGGCCUGUGGUCCCUGAGCCAGCACUCCGCCCUGCUGUACCGAGGCGGCUACUUCUCUGGGGAGCGAGCCGGGAAGAUGCUGGAGGACGCCAUCCUGGAGCUGUGCUCCCAGCUGAAGGAUGACGCCGUCGCCCUGGUGGACGUGCUCGCGCCUCCCGACUUCGUGCUGGACUCCCCGAUCGGCAGAGCCGACGGCCAGCUCUACAGAAACCUGUGGGGCGCCGUCCUGCAGCAGCCCGGCGUGCUGGAGCGGCCGUCCUGGUGGCCCGAGUUCGCCGCCAGCAAGCCCGCCGCGGGGGCUGCGAGCUCGAAGCUGUAGCCGCCGCCGUGAAGCCCGCACGAAGCCUCUGCGCCCGCCGGCUGGUGACCGUGGCCGAGGGGCCUGCCCUCCCGCUGGGCCCCGGAGUCUCAGGGCAGGGGCAGCCCGGGGUCAGGGGGCAUUUGCUGUGGGAACAGCCUGUGUGAUGGCGCCUCCCGGACGAUGGGCCGUGGACUUGGACAGAACUGCCGGGAGCCGGUCACUGUCUCCCGGGCAGAGGGUGCGGGCGGGACCCCGAAGGCUGGUCAGCGUAACCGCUCCGAAAGGCAGGGCCAAUCGCUCUCCGUGGCGGAGACACGGGUAGCUGAAGCAGCUCCACCUGGUGGCCUUACGAUGGGCUGUUACUGGAGUCUCCUGCCUGGGGGACGGGGUGUAUCCCAUCGUCUUAAUAAAAGGGACGGCAAGCCGGAGCGGGGAGCAGUCCUCUCUUGGGCUCCCACCUGGCCCCCGUUUCCCAAA